AUGUCGACCGCCCCGCCCACACUCAACGACACAAAGGGCCACGCGGUGCCCCCGCCGCCGGCGUCGCUGACCGACGAGGAAAAGUCGGACGCCGGGACGCUCGAGGGCGCCUCGGAGAGCGACCUCCAUGCGCGGUGGUACGAGCCGCCUGAUGCCUACGAAUCCAAGCAUCGCUGGGACCCCAGGGCGACAUGGACUCCCGAAGAAGAGAAGAAGCUCGUCCGCAAGCUCGAUGUCCGCGUCGCGGCAGUCGCAUGUCUCUGCUUUGCCGCGCUCCAGCUCGACCGCGGCAACAUCACCAACGCGCUAUCAGACAACAUGCUCAAGGACCUGCAUCUCACCACGGGUGACUACAACACUGGCAUGACCAUCUUCUACGUGUGCUUCCUGGCUGCCGAGCUGCCGUCGCAGAUGAUCUCGAAAAAGCUGGGCAGCGACGUGUGGAUCCCGAUCCAGAUGAUGGCGUGGUCGGCCGUCGCCAUGGGUCAGGCGGGCCUGAGCGGCAAGGCGUCCUUCUACGUCACGCGCGGCCUCAUGGGCCUCAUCGAGGGCGGGUUCAUCGCCGACACGAUCCUCUACCUCUCCUACUACUACACGCAUGCCGAGUUGACCACGCGCCUGUCCUUCUUCUGGGUCAGCUACAUGGGCACCAACAUCAUCGGCGCGUUCCUCGCCGCCGCCAUCCUGGAGGUCCGCAAGCGCGGCCACGAGGGCUGGCGCUACCUCUUCGGCAUCGAGGGCGCCAUCACCUUCAUCAUUGGCGCCUGGGCGUGCUGGUACCUCCCUGCUGGCCCGACUCAGACUGGCAGCCGCUGGCGCCAGGCGUGGCUCAACGAGCGCGAGGAGACAAUCGUCGUCAACCGCGUACUCCGCGACGACCCGACCAAGUCGUCCAUGCACAACCGUGAAGGCCUGUCGCUCAAGGAGCUGUGGCUGAGCAUCACCGACUAUGACCUUUGGCCGCUGUAUGCGCUCGGCUUGCUGUUCUUCAUCGCCCCCGGCACUGUCGGCGCAUACUUCACCCUCACGCUCCGCAGCUUGAAGUUCUCCACGUUCCAGACCAACAUGCUCAUCAUCCCGAGCCAGGUGCUCUUCUGUAUCGGCAACUUGACCCUCGCGUUCCUCGUCCGAAGGUACAAGGAGAGGCUGGCCACGGCGUCGCUUGCCGCAUGGUGGCUCCUGAUCUGGUUCAUCGUCCUUGUCUGCCUGCCCGAUCACUCUUCAAAGUGGCUCAAGUGGGCUAUCCUCACGCUCAUCGUCGGUUACCCUUACCCCCACCCAAUCCUCGUCUCGAUGAACUCGUCCAACGCCGGCUCCGUCCGAACCCGCACCGUCGCGUCUUCCCUCUACAACAUGUUUGUGCAGGCGUCGUCGCUCGUCGCGUCCAAUGUCUACCAGCCCUCGGACGCGCCCUACUACCACAAGGGCAACCGCGCGCUCAUCGGCAUCAUUGCCGCCACCAUUGUCCUCUUCUACCUCUCCAAAGGGUGGUACAUUUGGCGCAACCACCAGCGUGACAAGAUCUGGAACUCGUGGACCAACGAGCAGAAGGACGAGUACAUCCGCACCACCAAGGACAAGGGCAACAAGCGCCUCGACUUCCGGUUCCUCCACUAG